AUGGGGCGGCGGGUUCCUCCCGGGGGGGGCAGGUCGGAAUAUUUCCGCAAUUUCGUGGAUUCGUGUCUUCAGAAGAUCCCGCCCGAUCGUCCCACCUCCGAGGUGCUCCUCAAGCAUCGGUUCCUCCUGCGAGAGCGGCCCCAGAGGGUGGUCCUGGACCUCAUCCAACGCACCAAAGACGCCGUCCGGGAGUUGGACAACCUCCAGUACCGCAAGAUGAAGAAGAUCCUCUUCCAGGAGGCCCCCAACGGACCCGAUCCCGGCGAGGAAGAGGAGGGGAGGAAGGGCCCACCCCAACCAACCAACCCCUUGGCUCUGCCCCACAGAGACGUCAAGGCCGGCAACAUCCUUCUGACGGAGCCGGGGCAGGUGAAACUGGGCGACUUUGGCUCCGCCUCCAUCGUGGCCCCGGCCAACUCCUUCGUGGGGACCCCCUACUGGAUGGCCCCCGAAGUCAUCCUGGCCAUGGACGAGGGUCAAUACGACGGCAAAGCCGACGUCUGGUCCUUGGGCAUCACCUGCAUCGAGUUGGCGGAGAGGAAGCCCCCCCUGUUCAACAUGAACGCGAUGAGCGCCCUGUACCACAUCGCGCAGAACGAGUCCCCCGUCCUCCAGGCCAAUCACUGGUCGGAAUAUUUCCGCAAUUUCGUGGAUUCGUGUCUUCAGAAGAUCCCGCCCGAUCGUCCCACCUCCGAGGUGCUCCUCAAGCAUCGGUUCCUCCUGCGAGAGCGGCCCCAGAGGGUGGUCCUGGACCUCAUCCAACGCACCAAAGACGCCGUCCGGGAGUUGGACAACCUCCAGUACCGCAAGAUGAAGAAGAUCCUCUUCCAGGAGGCCCCCAACGGACCCGAUCCCGGCGAGGAAGAGGAGGAGGUGGAGCCCUUCCUGCGGCGGGCGGGGACGCUGGGGAGCAUGGAGAGCAGCCACUCGGUGCCCAGCAUGUCCAUCAGCGCCUCCAGCCAGAGCAGCAGCGUCAACAGCUUGGCCGACCCUUCGGAGGAGGAAGAGGAGGAGGUGGAGGAAGAGGAUGAAGAAGAAGACGAGGAGGAGGAGGAGGAGGAAGAGGAGGAAGAAGGUCCCCAGUUGGCCAUGCUCCAGGAGGGGGAGCACACAGUCACCUCCAACAGCUCCGUCGUCCAGCGCUUGCCCCACUUCUCCACCCUGCGCCCGGCCUCCUGGGUGAUGCGGCAGCAGAAGACGCGGGAGCAGAGGACGCGGGAGCGGGAGGAGCUGAGCGGGUACCAGCGAAUGAGGCGCCACCACCAGAAGCAGCUCCUGGGGCUGGAGACGCGGCUGCGGGCGGAGCGGGAGGAGCAGCGCCUCCGCCUGGAGAGGGAGCUGGAGAGCCAACGGGCCGCCGCCGCCGCCGACGCCGACAAGCUGGCCAGGAGGCACCAGGCCAUCUGCGAGAAGGAGGUGGGAGGGGCUUAG